UUCUGUGUCUACAGUAUGUCUGUCAUCCUGACAGGAGAGAGUGGUUGUGUGUCUGUCAUCCUGACAGGAGAGAGUGGUUCUGUGACUGUGGAUUCCCUGCAGUCCCAGGUGUCUCUGUCCAAGCUGUCCUCGGGGGCCACGUACGAGGUCAGUGUGAUGUCCACCAUGGGGAAGAGAGAGAGUGAUCCCCUCAUUGCCAUCAUGACCACAGUACCUGCCCCUCCAACUGUUCUCCAAGCAACUAACGUAACAGAUACCAAGGCAGUGCUGCAAUGGACCCCCGCCAUGGGCCAAGUAGACCGCUUCAUCAUCAGUUAUGAGUCUGCAAAAACUCCCAAUGUAACAGUGACAGUGAUGGUGUCUGGUAACUCAGUAGAGCAGCAGCUGAGAGGGCUGCAGAGAGACACCGUGUACACAGUCAAAGCCCUGAGUCAGAAAGACAGUCUGCAGAGCACAGCCAUCACUACCACCUUCACAACGGCUAGUGCUGUAAAGGCCGGUGAGGUGGGCGCUCGUUCUGCUGUUGUAUCAUGGAAAUCCCCCAGUGUUGCGUUCAGCAGAUACAGAGUGACCUAUCAGACGGCAGGAGAGGAGGUCAAGGAGGUGAUUCUGGACUCCACGGUGACGGAGUACAAGCUGACUGGACUGUUCUCUAUGUCUAAGUACACGGUGCUGGUACAGGGAGAGAGAGAGGGGCAGUACACAUCUAUUGUCACCACUGAGUUUAUCACAGGAAAACUGCGCUUCCCAUUCCCCACGGAGUGUUCCCAAGAGCUGCUGAACGGAGCACUCCAGUCAGGAGAGGUGGAUCUUUACCCAGAGGGCAAGGAAGGGAAGGCAGUCAGAGUCUACUGUGACAUGGAGACUGAGGGAGGAGGCUGGACGGUGUUCCAGAGGAGAAUGAACGGGAAGACAGAUUUCUUCAGAACCUGGAGUGACUACACUAAUGGCUUUGGAAACCGUAGCGAGGAGUUCUGGCUCGGUAAUGAGCUGCUUCACAACCUGACCAGCAUGGGCCCAGUGAGCCUGAGAGUGGACCUGCGUUCAGGCAACGAUACGGCCUACGCCCAUUACUCCAGCUUCACCAUCGACUCAGUGGACAAACACUACGCCAUCGAGGUGUCUGGAUACACCGGCACUGCAGGUGACUCCAUGAGGUACCACAACGGGCGCCCAUUCUCCACCAGAGACAAGGAACCCCACCCCCUGGGCAUCCACUGUGCCAGGGCCUACAUGGGCGGCUGGUGGUACAAAAACUGCUACAAGACCAACCUCAACGGCCUCUAUGGCACCAACAGCAACAACCAGGGUGUGGUGUGGAUAGACUGGAAGGGCAAAGACUCGUCCAUUCCCUUUACUGAGAUGAAGUUCCGCCCGGCCGGGAUCUCCGUCACAACCCACGGAUAAGACUGUCCUCUGACUCGUCCACCCCUAAACCCUUUCUUUGAGAAACAGGAAAGUGGAGCACCAAGAGACCAUAAACGUGUGGAUGUCGCACUUCCUGCAUCUCAAAUUCCGCCUCAACUUGCAUGUCCAGUGGUCUUAACAGCCGUCACGACAGACAGCGUAUCAGUCUGUACUUGUACUGUACAGAGCAGUGCACCAGGCUCCUGUUCUGUACCUUUAUCAUGCUGUCUCUCUCAGCUGUAUCUGUAGACAGGAAAUAUUUGUGAUUGCAGCAUUUUGUAUAAUAUUGUUUUAUGACCCAACUCUUACCGUCUCCAACUCAAUGACUGUUCUACUGCUCUGACCCCAAAGCAUCUCUACCUGAUGCACAUCACAAGGUUACCACCCCACUACUACUGUAAUAAAACAUGCACUGUCUCACUCUAUUGCAAUAAAUGAGGCACAUGAAUGCCUGGAUGGAGA